AUGUAUGGAGMAGCUCUGACUGGGAUUUUGAAUCCUUCUGAACAACUGUUCAAGAUAAAAAAAAAUAGAAUUCGAACCGUGGAUAACGACUCCAAGAAAAGAACUACUAACUUUUCUGCUAUCAAGACUAGGGCUGGGGAGGCUGUGACUCAACUUUCUGCUACGGACAGGAGGGAAGAACUUGGCGAGUGGAUGGAGGCUUUCUGGCAGCACWUUCAUGACCUGAGCGAGCCAGUGGAAACAGUUUUGUGAAGAAUUUAUGAA